GCGGCCAACAACAUGACUCCAACAUGCACGCCCACACAUACGUCAAGGAUAGGCGCGGCUCGGCGCAUUGAGAUAAAGAGUAGGGCCUCACUCGAGCCAUCUCGUAAAACAUCCCCUGCUUGACACGUCCAAUUGACCUUUCCAAUGCCGCCACUCGACAUCGAGCACGCGACGCAGGGAGCAAAAGAGCAGGACUUCAGCAACGACAACAGCACCGCGAAAGAAAUCCACCAUGAUGAGCCCCUGAAUCCCACACCCAGCAAUGCGCCCUCCUCCAUCGCGCCCCCACCCGCCCCAAACGGCGGCCUAAAGGCCUGGUCGCAGCCCCUCGCUGCGCACCUCGUCAUUAUCAACUGCUGGGGCUACAUCUCCUCCUUCGGCUUCUUCCAGUCGUACUACACAAAUGCGUUCCAGGUCGAGCCGUCCGCCAUCAGCUGGAUUGGGUCUGUGCAGAUCCUGUUGAUCUACUUCGUUGGCACGUUCUCGGGGCGCGCGCUGGACGCUGGAUAUUUCCGGGUUGUGGUGGGCGUAGGGUUUGCGCUGCAGGUGGUGGGCGUGUUUGCGACGAGUGGAGCUACCGCGUACUGGCAGCUUUUUCUUGCGCAGGGAAUUUGCAAGGGGUUGGGUGAUGGACUGGUGUUUUGUCCGACGGUGGCGUUGGUGGCUACGUACUUCACGACCAAGCGCAGUCUCGCCAUCGGGGUCAUGGCCUGCGGCGGCGCAACCGGCGGCAUCAUCUUCCCACUCAUCGCACAGCAACUCCUUCUCCGCGUAGGCUUCGGCUGGACGGUGCGAACCAUGGGCUUCGUGAUUCUCUUCGACGCGCUUGUCUUCCUCUCCAUCGCGCGUCCACGGUUACCGCCUCGCAAAGUCGGGCCCAUUGUCGAAUGGAGCGCCUUCAAAGAUCCUGCGUUCUCCCUGUUCUGCUGCGGCAUGUUCCUCGUCCUAUGGGCCGUCUUCUUCGCGUACUUCUACAUCAGCAGCUUCGGGCGAGACAUCCUGCACGUCGACCCUUCUACCUCACUCAAUUUGCUUCUCGUGCUCAACGCAAUCGGCGUCCCGGCCCGCAUCCUCUGCAACCUCAUCGCCGACAAGCUCGGCCCCGUAAACACCCUCAUCCCUGCCGUCCUCGCCGCCGGUAUUCUGAUCUUUGGCUGGAUCGGCAUCCACGCUCUGCCCUCCCUGUACGUCUUCUGCGUCAUCUACGGCUUCUUCGGGGGCGGUAUCCAGUCGCUGUUUCCCGCAGCGUGCGCGAGUCUGACGACAGAUCUGAAGAAGAUGGGUGUGAGGACGGGCAUGUGCUUCUCGUUUGUGAGCGUGGCGUGCUUGACAGGGCCGCCGAUAGCGGGCGCGCUAAUUCAGAGGGAUGAUGGUGGUUACGUGUACGCGCAGAUCUUUGGGGGUGUAGCGUUGAUCGGAGGGACGUUGACGUUGAUGGCGGCGAAGUUUGUACGGAGUAGGCAUGUUAUGGCCAGGAUAUAGGGGCGGCGGAUGGACAUUAGAGAAGAAGGCCUCGCGAUAGAGAGCACUACGUUGAAUGAGCGGGAUCGCAAGUUUUCUUGGAGACUACUAGGUCUGAAAUAUGUGC